ACCUUUCUGGAACAAACCAAAACAAAGUUCAGUAAGAACUAUAAGGGAAUGAAUUUAUCAAAGAUCACAACCACAGUUGGCCUGAACAUCGGUACAAUCGAUGUGGGCAAGGCUCGUCUAAUGUUCUGGGAUCUGGGGGGUCAGGAGGAGCUCCAGUCUCUGUGGGACAAAUACUACGCCGAGUCCCACGGAGUCAUCUAUGUGAUAGAUUCAACUGAUGAAGAGCGUCUGUCGGAAUCAAAGGAGGCCUUUGAGAAUAUGAUCAGCAGCGAGGCGUUAGAAGGUGUCCCUCUCCUCGUGCUGGCCAACAAGCAGGAUGUACCGAACUGUUUGUCAGUGCCAGACAUUAAAACAGCCUUCAGUGACUCUGCCCCGAAGAUUGGCAAGAGAGAUUGUUUAGUCCAGCCCUGCACUGCCCUCACGGGAGAUGGAGUGAACGAGGGCAUUGAGUGGAUGGUGAAGUGCGUGGUCCGAAACAUCCACAGGCCUCCCAGACAGAAGGACAUCACAUAAGAAGUCAUCAGCACCCUUGAUACCUCUUUGAACCGCAAGUUUCUCCUUGGGACAUUCCACGUCAACCCUGGAGCUGAUAACUCCUCUCUCCUCGUGUUUGCUGUGACUUUGAACACUUUGAAUUUCUGCUUUCAGGAGUUCAUUACAGACACAGUGCGACAAUAUUUUUUUAUCACUAAGCAUAAUUUGCUUUGAAUGGACUUCUGUCUGUUCCACUUUUGAAAGCGGUGUUGUGAUUUCUUCUCCUUUACGUGUAAGCAGCAGCCCCAGUCUCUGAACUUUGUGUCUGCAUGGAGCUUUGCUGACUGACACCCUGCUCUGUGAUCACAAGAGCACAGAAACCGCUUAACUACAUAAUUCUUAGCCCACAUUUUUAAAGUUUGAACUUUCCUAAAUUUUUGUGUAAGCUAAUAUUAAAGCCCCUACAAAGAACUUUCAUUUAAUUUUUGAUUCUGGUGGCCCCUGUGGACAAAAGCAGUAAUCUUUGUACUCCUUGUUUGAUUGUUUUCAAGAAAAAUUCGACCGAAUUCCGAUUCCCACAAGAACUUACUUAAGUUGAUGUUAUUUCACCACCUGCUGAGUCACUGUCAAACUCCGGCACACCCAGUGCUGUGUGUAGCUGGGAUUAGUUGUCUCUCCUCCAGCUGUGGUAAUGAAUGACCAGAAUUCAAAAUUUCAGGGUUCCCACUCAUCCUGGAAAACCUGGAAGUCCAGGCAUGGAAACACCUGAAAAUGUUUUAAACUAACCAAAUUAUCCUGAAAAUCUAUGUUGUCCUUGAAAAUUUAGAUUUUACUUGCCUGUGCUGUGGUCAAAUUAAUGUUACCGUUCAGAAAGCUGUGAUGGGAACAGCCAAGCACACCAUGAACGCGACCUAAUGCUGUGUAUGCCUUAAAAGGUGACCACCUAUGGCUGACCGCCCUUUGUGAGCAAGUUCUGUCUUGUGUUGUUCAGAAAAAAACCCUAGAAAAUGUUCUGGAAAGGUCCUGGAAAACAAUUACAGUGUUCUGUGUUUGUUCUGUAUCCUCAGCAGCACUCAACACUGUAAUUUGAAUCACAACACACUUUGAGUAGGGAUUGUUCAAUCAAAGAUUGCACUUGGCAAAUGCCUGUGUGGCAGUUGAAACUGAAGUGAUGUGGUGAUAUAACUCUGAAUAUGGCGUACACCCAUCAAAUUACAGCAACGGCAUCAUCAGAAACCAAACAGUCACACCUCCUGGGCAAUACCAGUGGUUCUGUGUCUGCAGACAGAUAAAUGAAAUGUGGUAAUUACUAUUUUGGUAAACACAUCAACACAGUAAGUCUUUCUUAGCAAAAAUUUAUUUUAAUUUCAGUUUAACUUUAAGGUUUGAACUGUACACAGUUGCCACGAUUCCUUACUUUGCUUACUCUACUUGCUGUUGACGUGCUCUAGCCCUUAAAAAACUUUACUUGUAUUACUCUGUAUUCAUCAUGUUUUUGACUUCACAUGACUACCGUAGGACAAAUUCAUGAUGGAUAAAUGAGAACAAAUAACUUUCUUUUUUUUAAGGGUUAGUCUCACAACUUUGAUUUUGAGGAGUUUUCUUGUGGCAGCUGUGUACUGUGGAGAGUUCAGAUCCUAAUAAUGUGAGCUAAUACUUUUUUUUGCAUUAUUUGGCUCACAGCAACUCCACUGGCUCCAUGCAGACUCUGGUGCAGUAUGCCAAACAGCACCAGACUUUACAGCCUUUUGUGAGUAGUACACAUACUAUUCAACAGCCAAUAAUUGUUGUUUUAGAGGUUUCUUUUUGUUAACAGUUUAUCCUUUGACCUCUGUAAAACAGCCAUAGUUUGAUCAAAACUGAAACUGGAAAUGUUGAUAUUCGUAAUUAGGUCAGAUGGAGACACUACAGCUGCUUGGGGAACUGGACAGUGUGUCCUGAACACACUGAGAAAACCUACUGACCCCUGCUGAAUCACCAGUAGUUGGGGCAUAUGAGGUGGUUAAAAUAAGGUGACAUCCCCUGUCAGUCACAUAUGUGGUAGAUGAUGAUGAUAAUAAAGUUCUGAUUUUAAA